UCGACUACCGAGACCUGCCCUCUCAAACGCAAAGCGACAGAAGACAUGGAUCAGCCUACACCUCACAAACGCGCGAAAAGCUCGCCCAAAUCUCACCCAUGGCCGAACCAUCUGUACAUGACAUGUUUCCGCACACAUCCCUUCUCCAAGAGCGACAUCAGGACUUUACAUAUUGACCUCAUAGUAGGCUCAGUGUGGUUCGAGGACUGGUAUGGAAAAGCACAUGCACGAAGCUUCGAAAAGAAGCAGAUCUAUCUCCAGGAUGCAUGAAGUAGAUUCCUUCAGUGAAAGGAUAUAGAUCUCUUUUUCAUGUUUUACAUCAGAAACUAACACGUACUAUCAUCCAGCGUCCAAUAUUUCCCUCACGACAAUGGCAUCAGAACCGGCGAAUCCACCCACAACCUCAGAAUCGCUAGACUAAGAAACAGGAACG